AAACCUUGAACCAAUCAAGAUCCAUGGAGCUCUUCGAGACCAAUUACAUACAUGUACGGUUACAAGCUUCCCUGGUGAUGUCAGUCCACCAACCAAACCACCAAAAACCCAAAUCCAAAUUCUCAAUUUCUAUUUCUUUUAUUUCCACAUCUACGGCUGUGAAUUUUGUAUUCAUCACCUCUCUUCUAUUAUCCAACUUUUUGUAACUUGAUCAUCCUAAAUCAUGGCGCUCAGAACCUUGUCAGCGAAGGCAGCUGCAGCUCUAGACACGGAGCUUAUGAGUACUGGUGCUUUCUCUAUUGACCAACUCAUGGAACUAGCUGGCCUAUCUGUCUCUCAAGUUGUCUACCGUGUCCAUCCCCCAACCCAGGGCAACCGAGUACUCGUAGCUUGCGGCCCUGGCAAUAACGGUGGUGAUGGCCUUGUUGCAGCUCGUCAUCUUCGUCAUUAUGGGUAUCGGCCAGCCAUAUACUAUCCAAAAAGGAGCAGGAACGAGCUCUACCAGCGACUAGCUAAACAGCUAGAAGACCUUGAAGUACCGUUCGUAGAGGAUUUUCCAGCGGCUAUCAAAUCAACAGAUCACAUCGUAGAUGCAGUGUUCGGUUUUAGUUUCUCAGGCGAGGUUCGCGAACCUUUCCCUGCCGUGAUCCGAGCUUUGGAAGACACUAAACUUCCCGUGACCUCGGUUGAUGCUCCAUCUUCUUGGAAUAUCGAGAGUGGGCCGCCCGAGUCCGGCUUAGGCAGCAAAUUCAACCCUGAUUUCUUGAUCAGUCUGACAGCUCCCAAGCCGUUAGUCAAGUACUUCCGCGGUCGUCAUUUCAUAGGGGGCCGUUUUGUAUCUCCAGCCAUUGCUAAGAAGUAUGAUUUCGAAGUUCCGGAGUACCAAGGAAUUGACCAAAUCGUCGAGAUCGGUGUCGGGGGAGAGAAACUCUGAUUGCUGCUGAUUCCGGCCGGGGAGAGUCAUUCCGGGUCGGU